UGAAUCUUUGUACCAGAAUGAUGGCACCGUACCAAAAACAAACCCAGUAACUUGGGAUAGAAAUGGCUGUGGUCGGGAUAUCUUUAUUCUCUUUCUAAGUGGAAUAAUAUUCUUCUCAUUCCUCCUCAUAGUGGAGACAAACCUUGCACGAUUCUGGUACCAAUUUAAGGUUGCAGUAAAAAAUAUCCAACACUCAUCUGUUUCACUUGAAUCCAUGUAUGUAGAUCAAGAUGUGGAUGUCACACAGGAACAAGAUCGUAUAGAAGAUCUCCUUCAGCAAGGACAAGUAGCAUCUGAGGCAUUGGUGGUGACAAAAUUGACCAAAUACUUUAGCACUCUGUGUGCAGUGGAUAGAUUGACUCUAGGAGUGCAUAAGAAGGAAUGCUUUGGUUUACUUGGUAUCAAUGGAGCAGGAAAGACAACAACUUUCAGGAUGUUGACAGGAGAUUUGAUGCUGACCGAUGGAAAUGCAUAUAUUGGUGAAUACAGCUUGAGGCAGGAUUUGAAAAGUUUUCAAGAACACAUUGGCUACUGUCCCCAGUUUGAUGCUCUGAUUGACAAGUUAACAGGUCGAGAAAUGCUGUAUCUCUUUGCUCGUCUACGUGGCAUACCAGAAACACAAAUUGGUCACACUGUUCAAGAAAUCAUUGAGAUGAUUGACCUCCAGCAUCAUGCAGAAAAACGCACAGAUAAAUACAGUGGUGGUAAUAGACGAAAACUGUCUUUAGCACUUGCUUUGAUUGGAAACCCAGCAGUUGUCUUUUUAGAUGAGCCAACUUCAGGAAUAGAUCCAAUUGCUAGAAGAAAAAUAUGGACUGCUUUAGAAACAAUCAGGGCUUCCAGUGGAAUGGCUGUAGUCCUUACAACCCACAGCAUGGAAGAAUGUGAAGCACUUUGUUCCAGACUAGCUAUAAUGGUCAAUGGUCAGUUUAGAUGUCUUGGAGGAAUACAAUACUUGAAGUCAAAGUUUGGCCAGGGAUCAACUUUGAUUGUUAAACUGGAGAGAGAUAAAGCUCUGGACAAUAAUGUAGUAUCGAACUUACAAGAAUUUGUUCAAAAGGAAUUUCCAGGAUCUGUUCUUAAGGAUAUUCAUCAGGGUAUGCUUCACUACCACAUCACAGAUAACUCCAUCCCUUUGAGUCAUAUUUUCAGUAUCAUGGAAGAUGCAAGACAAAAGCUCCACCUGGAGGAUUAUCUAGUUAGUGACACUACACUAGAACAAAUAUUCUUAACCUUUGCCAAAUCUCAAAGAAUCACUGCAGAAAGCAACUUCGUUUAGAAAACUACACAAAAUGCUGGCACUUACAUUUGAAAUAUAAUUAUGAUUUCUGUUUUCAGUAGUGUUACGUCUCUGGUCAUUAGUUAAUUUCCCGUAUAAUUUCUUUCCGAUGAAACUUUAGCAA